CCCAUCCAAGCGGAGGAUCAACUUCAGCAGGGAUACGUGCGGAUGCAGUUCAAGUGUUCGCUUCAAAACGCUUAUGAAUUAGAAACGCUGGAUUACAUUCAAAGUUGUCUUGAAAAAAGAUACAUGUUUCUGUAGAUAAAGAAACGGUUUGAGCAGACGGAUGGUAUCAGGAUUUGAAUUGGGAUAGGUUUUUGUAGAGCUAGCUUCUGAAAUAAUAUGAUCUAUGUGGAUGAAACAGAAGAAAAAGAUGUUUCAGAUAUCAAUUUAGCCUUCGAGCCUCGAAAUGUCCAAGUAAAAAUAGGGAAGGAUGUGAAACAAGAAUAUAAUUUGCACGAGGAGUUGGGCAGGGGGAAAUUUGGGACCGUGUACAGAUGCACCGAAAAGACCACAGGUCGAAAAUUAGCAGCCAAAUUCAUCAUCACAACUCGACCUGAAGAUCGGAAAGAUGUCGAGAGAGAGGUCGAAAUCAUGCGAAUGUUACAACAUCCCAGGCUGUUACAACUAUACGACGCCUUCGAUGAUGGCAAAAAAGAAAUGUGCCUCAUUCUAGAAUUAAUCGAAGGAGGAGAACUUUUCGAGCGGGUUAUCAGCGAUGAUUUUGUUCUUACAGAGAAGGCAUGUUCCAUUUUUGUUCGACAGAUUUGUGAGGGGUUAGAAUUCAUUCAUUCUAAAAAUAUUCUGCAUCUAGAUAUGAAGCCAGAAAACAUUCUGUGCGUCACUCGGACAGGCAACCAGAUCAAGAUAAUCGAUUUCGGACUAGCUCGCAAGUACGAUCCUAGCAAGAAGUUGCAGGUCCUUUUUGGUACGCCUGAGUUCGUGGCCCCUGAAGUUGUGAAUUUUGACAAAGUAUCCUAUACAACCGAUAUGUGGAGUGUGGGUGUCAUUUGCUACGUUUUGCUGUCUGGCUUAUCCCCAUUUAUGGGUGAUUCAGAUUUGGAAACAAUGGGAAAUGUGACGAAAGCCGAAUACGAUUUCAACGAUGAGAGCUUCGACAAUAUAUCGAAUACCGCCAAAGAUUUUAUUUCAAAGUUGUUGCUUAAGGAUUUGGCAAGACGAAUGACAGCUACUCAAUGUCUAAGGCAUCCAUGGCUAAAGAAGGGAGAACCAAAGAAAGAUACUAGAUUAAACAAGAAGAGACUGAAACGAUUUGUUAUCCGAAGACGUUGGCAGAAAGCUGUCAAUGCUCUUCUUGCUCUGAAGGCAAUGGGUGCCACUAUUUAACAUCACUGAAUACUAAACGCUCAAUGUUUCACUUGUAUUGCAUAUUUCAUCGGAUCUUCAUUUGCAUUAUCUGUUAUUUAAUUUUAUUCAUUAUUUAUCUCAUGUUACCUGUAAUACAAAAAAAAAAGAUGUUUUUACUCCCAUGAAUGCAGUACUGCCAAAUGUAAUAUAUUUUUCAUUUAGACUUGAAUUUGAAUUUUUUGAAGGAAAAUUUUAAAAGAUAUAAUUAAAAAAAAUAAAAAUAUGUAGCACAGUUUUCUUCAUCAUAUAAAAAUAAGUUGUAUUUAUAAAAAAGCUUAGUAGUUUCAUCAUAAGCAAAUCUAUGAAGUCAUAAACGUUUUUUUUACAGAUAAGCAUUAUUAGUGCUGCUUGGAAUUGUAACUCUCAAAAAAAAGGGAUUUUUAAUACGAUGUGAAUGAUUGUUUAUAUUAACUAUGCAAAGGAAUGUUGAAAUAGAUUUUAGUCAUAUGUUCUUUUUUUUAUUUCCUCUUAAAUCUGAAGUACACAAAAAUCUGUGCUUUUAAUCAAAUAUAUUGUGUAAUAAAGAAUUUAUGUAUUGAA